UGUCAAAGUGUAAAAGCAGGAUAUAAAUCUUUUGUGUUACACAUGUGUAUCAGAGAGCAUGGAAACAUAUCACAACAUGGAAGAAUUUAUUUUGAGGGACUUAUGUUGUGAUAGAUAGUGAUAUCUCUUUAAAGAGUAAAGAAUGGGUGACAAGAAGAAAACGGCUCAGAUGUUUGUGAAACUAGUGUCUACUGCUGGCACUGGAUUUUUCUAUGUAAAGAGGAAGCCAAGGCAGUUCACAGAGAAGCUUGAGUUUCGAAAAUUUGAUCCUAGGGUUAAUCGUCAUGUUCUGUUUACAGAGGCUAAGAUGAAGUGAUUGGGUACCUUGUAUGGCUUCUUUCCCCUUUAACUAGAUCAUUCUUAUACUUUUCUCAAAGGGUUUU